CAUAGACUCGGUAGCACAGCGCUGUGAUUAUCUGUUCGGUACCCGUGUAUCGGACCUGUUAGAUAUCCGUUUAUUCUUUGCACUCAUUUUCGAAGAAUAUUCUUUUGUUCUCGUUUGAGCGAAUUAUUGUUCAGCAUUUGAUCGUUUGCAGGAUUUGAUCUCAGCAUACCUUCCUAGAUAAGGAUCACGCUCAGCCAAGUUCUUACUCUCACUCACCAUACACAACUCGAGUAAGAACCAAGCACAACGAAAUUUGCAACUGAGGGGAUCGAAUCAGUAUUGGACAUCGACCAUGGACACAAAUCCUGAGAUAGUCCAGCCUGCGGACUGGCAGACCGGUGAAGCUGUCCCAGUCUUUCUCAUCCACGAUGGCGGCGGCACCACAUUCUCAUACCACUGCCUAGAACCUCUCUGCCGUCCAGUCUACGGCAUCUACAACCCCAAAUUUCACAGCGGCGAGCCUUUUGACGGCGGUCUCAGCGACAUGGCAGCUCUCUACACAGGCUGGAUCAAAGAAACCGUCGAAAAGCCCGACUUUCCCCGACGUCGCAACGCAGCUGGAAAGAUCCGACUUCUCCUUGGUGGAUGGAGCAUGGGCGGCCACUUGAGUCUUGAAAUCGCAAAGCAACUUGAAGAUUCCAACAUCGACGUUAUCGGAAUUCUCAUGGUCGACACAAUCUACCCUCACAAGUUCUCCAGUGAAAAGCGCAAGAGGCCCAGCGAAGACUCUAAGGAGGGAAAGAACAAGAACCAGAUUCUAGCGGAUCUAGCGAUGGCCGAUGCUCGCCGUAUGAUUCAAGCUUGGACACCUCCGGUCUGGGACGAAGGACGUCGGCCCCGGAUUAGUCUUCUCCGGGCCAAGAAGGCCGUGCCCUCGCCGGACGGGACUGAUCUUGUGGACUGGAGCCGUGAGGAGCGGAAUCUGGGGUGGGACAUGUACGACAAGAACUUUUUUGCUGAUGUGGUGGAUAUUGAGGGGCAUCACUAUGAGGUUUUCAAGUUUGAGUUUAUUGAGGAUAUCUCGAAGAAGAUGAAGAAGGCACUGGAUGAUUUGGAGUGGGUUGCUUUGGAUGGUUGAAUUGCCAGUGAGAUGGAAGGUCAAGAUGGGGCCUGAAGACUUAGACGAAGACAUGACCAGUGGUUUAGCUGUUUAUUCCUUUUGACACUGAUGGUUACUAGAAUACGAAUGAGACUUGACAGAAAUAGAUAGUACAAAAGUAAUAGAAGUUAUGAAGAUACAUCCAGAACAUUGAAC